AUGAAAAAGGAGGUUACAACGUUGGAACGAGCAUGUGCCGUUAGCAACAAACAUUACACGUCAGCAGCAGUCAACGACGUCAAAUUAUCUUUCAGCAACUGCCUAAGAGCUUACUCUGAAGCAGAAGGAGGCACAAAACGUGGUAGAGAUGAGGCCAUCUCUGUAAAGCCUUUUACAGGUAUCCUCUCUGAAUCUUCACGUGAUCGUUCGACGAAAAUUGAUAUUGUACCAAGUACUGAUCAUCAUCAGCUACGCUCAAGCGAGAUUGGCCAAGGUACAGGAAUCAUUUCUGGAAGAUCAAGAACAGACGUAUUUGACUUUUUGAGAAUUACGGAUAUUAUAAGGAGUGGUCAUCGUCAGCUACGCCCGAGCCUUGCUGGCAAAGCAAUCGGGUUGUACUCUGGGGAGCGAGUGAAGCUUUGGUCGGAACUUAUCGGAAAGUCUCCCCCAAGCCGUGUUUUGACCUUCUUGGACUACAAGGACAUGAACGAUGGCCUACUGAGAUACAAGACGCUGUUCCCGAAAGAUAUUGUGACACCUAUGAGUGUUAAAGGCUUCUUUGCAUGUACCGGAGAUGAUUUUAUUUACAAGCUGGAAAUGGAGUCGAGGCCAGUUUUGCACAUUAGAUAUCAGGAAGUACCGUACAAGGAGUUGCCAUGGGACUAA